GGCUGCUGCGCUCUCUGUGUGAGUGUGUGAGUGUGUGUGUGUGUGAGACAGAGAGAGAGAGGGAGUCCGGGUGUUGCCGCUGCCGCUGCUGCUGCGGGGCCGCCGGGGCCGGUGUCUGGGGGUGAUGGCGGCAACUGAGCUGCGGGGAGUAGUGGGGCCCGGCCCGGCGAUGGGCGCCGCGCCAGGCGGCGGAGGCUCGGGACCGGCCGCAGCUGGAGGAGGAGGACGCGGUGACUCCGGGCCCGGGUCAGGAAUAGCUCCGGGCCCCGCGACGGCCGCGUCGGGAGGAGGCCCUGGAGGGCCAGGCCCCGUGGCCACGACCGGGGGAGGGUCGGCGGCCGGCCCCGCCCCGGCUCCGCCCACGGGGGGCUCGGGCGGAGGGGCUGGGGGCUCGGGCUCCGGCUCGGCCCGGGAGGGCUGGCUCUUCAAAUGGACCAAUUACAUCAAGGGCUACCAGCGGCGCUGGUUCGUGUUGAGCAACGGGCUCCUCAGCUACUACAGAUCAAAAGCAGAAAUGCGGCACACAUGCAGAGGAACCAUCAACUUGGCCACAGCCAAUAUCACCGUAGAGGAUUCUUGCAACUUCAUCAUCUCCAAUGGUGGAGCUCAGACCUACCACCUGAAGGCCAGUUCCGAAGUGGAGCGGCAGCGCUGGGUGACAGCCCUGGAACUGGCCAAGGCAAAGGCUGUGAAGAUGCUUGCAGAGUCAGAUGAAUCAGGAGAUGAAGAGUCGGUUUCUCAAACUGAUAAGACAGAACUGCAGAAUACUCUCCGGACCCUCUCCAGCAAAGUGGAAGAUUUGAGUACAUGCAAUGACCUGAUCGCCAAGCAUGGCACAGCUCUCCAGCGCUCCCUCAGUGAGCUAGAGUCCCUCAAAUUGCCUGCUGAGAGUAAUGAAAAGAUCAAACAGGUCAAUGAGCGUGCUACACUCUUCAGGAUCACGUCCAAUGCCAUGAUUAAUGCCUGUAGGGAUUUCCUGAUGUUGGCCCAGACGCAUAGCAAGAAGUGGCAGAAGUCUCUGCAGUAUGAGAGAGACCAGCGCAUCCGCCUGGAGGAGACUUUGGAGCAGCUGGCCAAACAGCAUAACCACCUGGAGAGGGCAUUCCGAGGCGCCACAGUGCUGCCGGCAAGUGCCCCUGGCAGCGCGGGCUCCGUGAAAGAUCAGAUCUGUUCUGGCAAAGGAGAUAUGAGUGAUGAAGAUGAUGACAAUGAAUUCUUUGAUGCUCCCGAGAUCAUUACCAUGCCUGAGAACUUGGGCCACAAAAGGACUGGCAGCAAUAUCAGUGGGGCCAGCAGUGACAUCAGCCUGGAUGAACAGUAUAAACAUCAACUGGAAGAGACAAAGAAGGAGAAAAGGACGCGAAUUCCCUAUAAGCCAAACUACAGCCUCAAUUUAUGGAGCAUAAUGAAGAAUUGUAUUGGAAAGGAACUCUCCAAGAUCCCAAUGCCGGUGAACUUUAAUGAGCCCCUGUCCAUGCUCCAGCGUCUCACUGAAGAUUUAGAGUAUCAUGAACUAUUAGACCGAGCUGCAAAAUGUGAGAACUCUCUAGAACAGUUGUGCUACGUGGCAGCUUUCACCGUGUCCUCCUACUCCACUACUGUCUUCCGCACUAGCAAGCCAUUUAACCCACUCCUGGGAGAGACCUUUGAGCUGGACCGACUUGAAGAGAAUGGUUAUCGAUCCCUGUGUGAACAGGUGAGCCAUCAUCCUCCUGCUGCUGCACACCAUGCUGAAUCCAAAAAUGGCUGGACAUUACGACAAGAAAUCAAAAUCACCAGCAAGUUCCGUGGCAAAUAUCUGUCCAUCAUGCCCCUUGGUAGCAUCCAUUGUAUCUUCCAUGCCACUGGUCAUCACUACACUUGGAAAAAAGUUACAACGACAGUGCACAACAUUAUUGUGGGCAAAUUGUGGAUAGAUCAGUCUGGCGAGAUCGACAUUGUGAAUCACAAGACAGGAGACAAGUGCAAUCUCAAGUUUGUUCCGUACAGCUACUUUUCCCGAGAUGUGGCCAGGAAGGUUACAGGAGAAGUCACAGAUCCAUCAGGAAAAGUACACUUUGCCCUUUUGGGAACCUGGGAUGAGAAAAUGGAUUAUUUCAAAGUUCUGCCCACCAAUGGGGAUAAUGGGGGUGACAGUCGCCAAAGAAGCCAUGAAUUAGAGGAAAGCAGGGUCAUGCUCUGGAAGAGGAACCCCUUGCCGAAGAACGCAGAGAACAUGUACUACUUCUCCGAGCUGGCCCUCACGCUCAACGCCUGGGAGAGCGGCACGGCCCCCACCGACAGCCGCCUGCGGCCCGACCAGAGGCUGAUGGAGAACGGGCGCUGGGACGAGGCCAACGCCGAGAAGCAGCGGCUGGAGGAGAAGCAGCGCCUGUCCAGGAAGAAGAGGGAGGCCGAGGCCGUGAAAGCCACCGAGGAUGGCACUCCGUAUGACCCUUACAAGGCACUGUGGUUUGAGAGGAAAAAGGACCCUGUUACCAAGGAGUUAACCCAUAUUUAUAGAGGAGGAUACUGGGAAAGUAAAGAAAAACAGGACUGGAGCUCGUGCCCAGACAUUUUCUGAAAUUACAGGAACAAGAGGGAGGAGGAUCAGAGGGGAAGAGGACGAAGGUUGGGAGAGAGAGCCAGCCAUUCUGACUUCCUUACCUAGUGCUUUCCUCAAGGUUGUCUUUCUUAACCAAUCAUUUGUUCCAAAGCAAUCACCAGGAGCAGAAGCCCUGGGGUGGUGAUUGAUUGGCUGCAAUGCCUUACCUGAUUGACCCCGACAUUGACUUAAUAGAUACCUGCGUUUGGAAGGGAGAGGUUGGGUAGCUGGGAGUUAGCGUUAUUUCUCACCUGCGGGUCUCUGUCUUUGACUCUUCCUCCCCCGUUUCACCCCACUGAAAAUUACGGCACCUCUAGUCCCGUCCUAGCAACAGUAUCUCACUCAGCCAAGAGACGUGUUCGUGGAGUAUGUGGAUUAGAGGUAUCUUGGUGCUGCCAAGAGUAAGCUCUGAUAUUUGAAAUUCCUUUUUAAACAAAAGCCAGGGAGAAGCCCCAUGGAUGGCAUCUGUAGUGACUGCACUGGGGGGUCGGCUGCCCCUUUUUAAUAAGAGUUCUCAAAGGCAGGGAAGUUUUAGAGAGCCAGGGACAUGCUGACUGCAAGAGAAGAGUACCUAGUGGAAAAGCCGACUCGUAAGUAGAACGGGGGCAGCCGUGGGAGCUCCUUCACCGUUGGCAGUUUUCUUCAUCCAUGUAAAGCACCCCUUGACUACUCUUCGACUUUGGGGCUACACAGCAGCUGGCUGCCACUUCAGCAGGAGCAGGGCUAAUCCUCAAGGAUUAUAAUACUUGUAACUUUGGGGGCUGCUUGGACUUCUGCAGCUGAGAACUUUUCCUGAGAAGAUAAGGGCCAGAGCAAGACUUCCAGCCAUUCUGCUCUCCACAUCACUCCUCACCCCCACCCCGAUUGCCUUCUGUGCUUCAGCUUUCUCUCCUGACAGUAGGUCGCCAUGGGGUCCCCAUUCCAGCAUGGAGCAGAACUUUGCCUGUUUGCCGACAUGUUUUGGAGUGGGAGAGACAGGGAGUAAAUGAUCUGGAAUAAGGCUUUCCACCAUCUGUCUCAAGCCCCAUGGACUGGAGCCACCUCUUGAAUAAUUUGUUAAAUAUCUGUAUAUUAUAUAUAUGUAGAGAAAAUCUAAUUUUUCUGUUUUGAUUCUCCUCCCUUCCAUUAGGAAUCUUGUUUGUUUUUUUAAAUCUACCCCACCCUGGGUCUCUUUGCAUUGAGCACAUAUUAUUAGCGAUUUCAUGUUCUAUUUUCCCAUCUCCGAUGAGGUGGGAAAAUUUUAAAGCUGGUUAGGAUCAUGUGUGGCCUGGUAGGGAACAGGGGAAGGUUCUCAUGGCUCACUUCAUGACGAACCAUAAUCUCUGAACACUGGUAGAUACCCUUACUGCCCUACCCUCCAAAUUGAAGUCCUUCACCACCCUCCCUCCCCCGCUUAGGAAGUCCUGCAGCCGUGAGGCCCCGAGAGGCACUUGUAGUUGGCCUUGACGUGGGCCCUAGGAAGAAGAGAGAGGCAGGGUCCCCAAAGCGCUCUACGGGAGUGCGAGAAGUCUGCUGCUCUUUUGGCUUGCCUGCCUUCCCCACUGUUGUAUGUUGUUUGUGUCCCUUGUCUCCCCUAGAAAACCUUCUCUUCCCUCUCCCCUCCAACACCACCCACCCCUGGUUGAGGAUCACACUGAGGUGCCUUCCUUGUAUGCUUUUGUUGGUGUUUUUGAUUCUGUUCCUUAACAAAUGAGCCUCAGCCAGUAGGGGUAUUGGCUGGGGAGGGUUGGGGGGAAACGUUAUGUAGUUUAGGUCAUUCCAGAGGAAACCACCACUCCAUUGAAAUGGAAGUCAUGUUGGCUCAAGGGUUUCCUUGCUUCCCAGCUUUGACGGGCAUAACGGAGGCUGGUUGGGGGACUUCCUCCAACAUGCCCCACUCCCAGAGCAGGGAAAGGUUAAUACAAAAGAUGGAUCAAGUAAGUGGUUUGAACAGAAGGCUUCAGAGUGGGCAGUCCUCAGCUACAGCAACCCACGGCCCACCUUCUCUUCCCCUGCUGCCUGCAUUCUAUUUCCAGGUUUGGUACCGAAUCAGAACCCGAUUCCUGCCAGUGGGAGAGACUUCGAGUCCUACAGGUGGAAUAAAGGCAGAUUUAAAACAAAACAAAACUAUAAUUAUAUUUUUGGGUUUUUUUGCAUUAUUGCUUUUUCCAAAAAAAAAAAAAACAACUAAAUUAAAUAAUUUUUAAAAAGUCUCAUUGUCUGUCUGAUUCUCUUCCAUCCAUUUAUACGUAGGAAAGAUGAGGGGAGAUCUGGACCUCAUUUAAUUCUUGGGAGUAUGAGAUCUAUAGAGUAACUGGGAGAACUGCAGAGACAUUUUUUAAAAUGAUAAGAGAAUGAAAAAGGAAAAAAGCAAUUUGAGAUUUUUUUUCUAUGGUAAAAGUAUCGAUGGGGCUCAUUCUUUUGCCUCCCACUUGGCAAUUCAGGGGGGAAACCUAAAUUGCCUCAGAAAGUAUAUAGAGAAUACCAAGUCAGAGAACUUAAUGUAUCCAGUAACUGACUUGUCCUUGGCUCGCUCUGCCUGCUGGUGCUCAAGGCUUGCAAAGCAGACCAAUCUGAGCCUAAUGCCUCCUCUGACACGCUCUUGUCUAGCUCAUCACUAGUCAUUCUGGUUAUCUGAGGCCAGAAGGUGAUACAUAGGAAAUUUAAGCAAAGCAAAAUCAAAGUUCUGGGGCCAAAGCUGCUCCUUACUAAUAAUAAUAGCAGUCUUAAGCUCUUUAAAAAAGGUUUCUCCAAUUUUUCUUGUGAUAAGAAUUCUGUUUGGUCUAAAUUGAAGCCAUUACAAGGGGAAAAAAAUUGCUUUUUAGGUGAGAGAAGUAUAUAUAUGGAGUACAUUUUUUUUUGCGAUCCCUAUUCAUAUUUUCUAAAUUUAAGUUUCUAAAAACAUUAAAUUGCAUAGAGCUUCCACAGAGCAUGUGGAAUGGAGGGGGUUGAGGUGAUGGCCUUUAGGACAGCUUUAGAAGCUAACCUUUGGAUAUUUAAGAAAAAAGGGCAGAGUUUCAUUUGCCAUCAGACAUUUGUCCUCAUUGCUCAGUUGAAAAUUCAUCUGUUUGCCUUUCUGUCUUUAUCCUUCAUUUUGCAGUGCCAUUUAACAAGACUGUUUGAUCCUUCCUUGUUCCUAUGACGGUCACAUUCAUUGUUGUCUGCUUUUAAAACUUGUCUUCUAAGUGAUCCUCUAUACUGGGGUUCUUGAAAUGUGGGUAUUCCUAGAAUUCUUAGCUUGCUUAUUGAAUGGACAUUACCUCAGACAAACAGAUCUGGAAAAGGCCUUAGAUUUUAUUUUUGUUUUAUUUUCCAAAAACAUGCAAAGAUAACUUUCAGUACUCAUCUUUGCAAAACCUUUGUCAAAAAAAAUUUUUUUUUCCAAAUUUCUCCUUCCCUUCCCUCCCUCCCCAAGACAGCAAGCAAUCUGAUACAGGUUAAACAUGCAAUUCUUCUAAAUAUUUCCAUAUUCAUCAUGCUGGGCACCCACACAAAAUCGGAUCCUAAGGGGAAAAAACUGCAAAAAAAGUGAAAACACUGUGCUUCCAUCCACAUUCAGUCUCCAUAAUUCUCUCUCUGGAUAUUAAUGGCUCAAUCCAUCCCAAGUCUAUUGGAAUUACCUUGAAUCACUGUAUUGUUGAAAAGAGCCAAGUGCAUCACAGCUGAUCAUCACAUAAUCUUGUUGCUGUAUUCUCCUGUCUCUGAUGCUCCUGGCUCCUGUAAGCAUCAAUUCAUAUAACUCUUUCCAGGCUUUUCUGAACUCAGCCUGCUCAUCAUGUCCUAUAGAACAAUAAUAUCUGUAACAUUCAUACGCCAUAACUUUUCAGCCAUCCCCGACUGAUGAGCCUCCACUCCAGUUUCCAGUUCCUUGCCACUACUAAAAGGGCUGCUACAAACAUUUUUGCACAUGUGGAUCCUUUUCCCAUUUUUAAGAUCUCUUUGGUGGGGCAGCUAGAUAGUGCAGUAGAUAGAGCACCAACCUUGAAGGUGGAGGACCCGAGUUCAAAUGUGAUCUCAGACACUUAACACUAAUAAGGAUCCUGGGCAAGUCACUUAACCCCAAUUGCCUCAGGGGAAAAAAAAGUUUUGGGUUACAGGCCCAGUAGAUCCACUACUGGAUCAAAGGAUUUGCAGUUUGAUAGUCCUUUGGGCAUAGUUCUGCUCUUUAGAAUGAUUACAUUAGUUCACAAUUCCACCAAUAAUACAUUAGAGUCCCAGAUUUCUCACAUUUCUUCCAAUAUUCAUCAUUCCCGUUAUCUUAGCCAAUGCGAGAGAUUGAGGCGGUACCUCUAAAAGGCCAAAGUCAUCCACUGCAUCCUAGACCAUUGCCUGUCAUCUCAUCUUGCCAUUGGACUCUGAUGACUGGAGGAGGGAAAGGUUGAUUAUUUUGCAGGUUUCUGCCGCAAAUCUAAUUCACUAAUAAGUGAAGAUAUCGCCCUUGUGAUGUCAUUGGGCCUCUUUGACAACAAAGGAUGAACAACAAAAAACAACAGGUGUUCCCACUAGGUCUUAUCCUGCGUCAUUUAUUCUAUACUUUUCCCCAGUGAUCUCUUCCAUCCUGCUUUCAGUUACUGCCUCUAACAAAAUGGCUCCCAAAUUGUUACAUCCAAGAGGCAAUUCUUAUUCUCUGCAAUUUUUGUGUCUGUUCUUUCAUAAUUUUUCCACAUAGGAAUCACCCAUUGUGUGAGAGGCCUCCUUUAGGUCUUUUUGUAUUUGAGAUACCAAGGGAGAAUUCAGAUUUUCCACCUGUCAAUACUCUGAUUUUAGCAUUGACCGAUUCACAUCCUUUUUUGGGUCACGUGUCCCUCCUGAUAUCCCUCACACCACUUCUGGCACACAGGUCAUUUUUGGAGGCCGGCUUUUCUGUCCACGGCUCUUCUCGGUGGCGCUCCAGGGUUUAUGGUCAUACACCACCAGCAGGGGAGUGCGCGCAGUUUUUGAAGAGACAAAGUAGAUGUCUGUUGAUUGGAGAAUGGCUAAGCACGGUGUGGUAAAUAAAUACAAUGGAUUAUUCUGCUGUAAGAAACAAUGAUUCAUGAAUACAGAAAAGCAUGGAAAGAUAUGUAUUAAAACAAGAGAAGUGGUGAAGCGAAGUGGUGCUCUAUGGCGCACUAGCCCUGAAAUCAGGAGGACCUGAGUUCAAAUGUGAUAUCAGACCCUUAACUCAUCCUAGCUGUGUGACCCUGGGCAGGUCACUUAACCCCAAGAAAAAAGCCUCGGGGG